AUGGAACGCGUUAGAGAAUCAUCAGAAAAUCUUGCUUCCACGACAACGUCUUCUUCUUCUCCCUCCUGCGAUGUAGACGUUAAGGAUCGUGGAAAACAACCAACACCUCUCUCAACGAGAAGAUCUCGAGCUGGCUUCUCUGAUUCUUUCUCUUCUCAUGAUUUACAAUCAUUCUGUUCAAAUGAAGAAACCAUAAAAUUCUCCCCCAACAAAUUAAAAUCAGAUGAUGACUUACAAAGGAGCAUAGAAUCAGAAACAGCAUGUCCCGUGGUGAGCACGUCAGCAGAAGCUCAACACCAUUCACACCACCACAUAGGCCUCAGUAGCGGUCACUGGAGAGGUCGUUUCGUCCGUUUACUCAAGAAAGGAUCAUCCGCAAUGCCAUUCAACACACCUCUUAAAGGAGUCCCUAAACUAACCAGACGUAAAAGCAAACGCAUAAGAGACAACAUGGUCCCUGUUCUACCUGCAGCUACUUCUCUCGACACUGGUGACUUGUUCUGUUUCAAACCCUCUUGGAGAAACUACUCUCUCCAAGAUAUUCAAACCGCUACUAAUGGAUUCAGCCGUGAUAAUCUGAUAGGGGAAGGAGGAUAUGCAGAAGUGUAUCAGGGGCAGAUGGCUGAUGGGCAAAUAGUAGCCAUAAAGAAACUAACUAGAGGUUCUGCUGAAGAGAUGACAAUGGAUUAUCUGUCGGAAUUAGGGAUCAUAGUUCAUGUAGAUCAUCCAAACAUUGCUAAGCUUAUUGGAUAUUGUGUCGAAGGAGGGAUGCAUCUUGUUCUUCAGCUAUCUCCUAAUGGAAGCCUAGCUUCUUUACUCUACGAGGCGAAAGAGAAAUUGAGUUGGAGCAUAAGAUACAAAGUGGCGACAGGAACAGCAGAAGGACUGUACUAUCUCCAUGAAGGUUGUCAGAGAAGGAUCAUUCAUAAAGACAUCAAAGCUUCUAACAUUCUUCUCACUGAGAAUUUCGAGGCUCAGAUAUCUGAUUUUGGGCUGGCUAAAUGGCUACCAGACCAAUGGACUCACCAUACCGUGUCGAAAAUAGAAGGAACAUUCGGUUACCUUCCACCGGAGUUCUUUAUGCACGGGAUUGUAGACGAGAAAACAGAUGUGUAUGCUUAUGGUGUACUGCUUCUUGAGCUCAUUACUGGUAAACAAGCCCUUGACAGCUCACAACAUAGCCUUGUCAUGUGGGCGAAGCCAUUGAUCAAAGAAAACAAGAUCAAAAAACUUGUUGAUCCGGUUAUGGGAGAUGACUACGACUUAGAAGAGUUGGAACGUCUAAUUGUGGAGAUUCUAAGGGGAGACAAGUGCAGCUUAGACCAACUAAAACAACGACAAAACUCCAAACUACAGAGGACUUACUCAGAAGAACUAUUGGAUAACGAAGAAUACAAUUCAACAAGAUACUUGAACGAUAUUAAUCGACACAUGGAAACUGUUCUCGGAACAUCUAAAGACUCAUGA